UUCACUCGCACGUUUACCUUGUAGUUCACAAGGUUUUCCAGGCAGCACACUAACAAACGGAGCCCAAAAUGGAGCGGAGCCGCAGGAUUCACAUAAUGAUGAACCAGAGCUUUCUGUCGCGUGCCACGGUCACCGAGAGCAUGGCUCAGCUGGCGAUCCUGAAUGUGGACAGUUCGGAUACCGUGGAAGACACAGUGGUCAAGACCUUGCUGGUGGUCGAGAACAAGUUUCGCAGCUACUUCGAAUCGUAUAGCAAGGAAAUGGAACUGCAGAGGAUUGCGGCCCACAGUCUCAACCAGCUGAUCUAUCGCUACCAGGCCACCACCCAAGUGGACACCAGCUGCAGGUGCCCCAAGUUCUACGAGGCCGAGACGGAGGAGACGAUGGUCACCAAGUACCAGCUGGACUACCAGGUGAUCCUCAGAUCCAACCAGAACCAGUGUUCGGACAUCCACAGGCUUCGUCCGUAUGUCCUGUUCUUUCGGCGCGAGUGUGCCAAGUUGGAUCUCAACGAGGAGAGCCCCUUUAUACAGGGUGACGCCUUCCACAAGCCGAUCAAGUUCUUCAUUGACCUAAUAGAGGAACUGUUCUCAUACUUCUACAGUGGCCACCUCCAGCUUGACAGCGCAGCCAACCUGUUGGAUCCCUUCGAUCUGAACAGCGUGGAGUACUAUCAGAAGCUACUGACCCACAAUGAGGACUUCGACGAGUACUUUAUGCACAACAUAAGCUUCUGCAAGUGCCUGCGGGUGCCGCCAAAGUGUCCAUCGAUUGAGGACAUCCAGCUGAUCAGGGAUCAGUCCGAGCCCUACAUUGAAGAGGCCAAGCGGAAGCGCUGUGCCAGGCGCUUCGACAAGAUGGCCGCCACCGAACUUCCUUGCCAUGAACCGGACCAGAAGAAGUCCAUCCCUCGAGUCCAUAAUCAGGAAUCGAUCCCGGAAGAGGGAGACAGCGAUCCAGGGAUCCCCAGCCACCAGCACUUGGACCCCCGUCUUAUCGCUUCGGAAAUCGAUCGCUUCAUGCGCGCCUCUGCGGAAGACCCUUCGGCGGAACCUGGUUCCGUCUUGGAACCCAAUUAGUCCUCUGUUGUUUUACCGGAUAUUAAUUAUUUUCAAAUAUUUCAAGCAA